GUGCUCCAAAAACUAGACAUACAAGUUUGUGACAUGUCUAUAGAGUACUACGUACUUUCUAAGAAAACACGCACAACAAAAGGAGGAACAUUAGGAAAUGGUUGACUAAAUUGGGACAAGCAGGAUAAUGAUUCAAAAGUUUCCCAAGAGACUUUUCUUGCAUUGCUAACUGUUGAUGCCAAAACCAAGUACAUUCACUGCUCUCCCCUAUUACUUCAAAGUAUUCUUACCAUUGCAGAAAAAUUAAGUAGAAAUGCAGGUCAAACAGAUAAGGACUUUUGAAUUAGCAAAAGUAAAUGUGUUUAAACACUUCAAAAAGUUGGCCAAGUCGGGAUCAUUCAAGUUUUAGGGAUGACUCAUGAGGAAAUUAGCAUAUAACCUCUAACAACAGAGAAAGAGAGAGAGCUGCAGAGAGUUUGCUCAGAGCAAAAAUGACUUUUAAGAGAAGGAAUGGAGGUUGUAACAAACAUGGACGUGGCCAUGUUAAGUUCAUUCGUUGCUCUAAUUGUGGCAAGUGCUGCCCUAAGGACAAAGCGAUCAAGAGAUUCCUUGUGAGGAACAUUGUUGAGCAAGCUGCUGUACGCGAUGUUCAGGAAGCUUGUGCUUUUGAAUUGUACACUCUUCCUAAGUUGUACUUGAAGAUGCAGUACUGUGUUUCGUGUGCAAUUCACUCCAAGGUGGUUAGAGUCCGUUCUCGUACUGAUAGGAGGGUCCGUGAGCCUCCACAGCGUUUCAGACGCCCAAGGGAUGAUCUCCCAAAGGCAGGACAAGCUCCACGCACCGCUUGAGGAGCCCCUGCUGCACCUCGCACUUAAGUUGUUAGGCUUCAGGUCUUGGUUAAUCUGAUAGUUAUGGUUCGUUUUACAUGUGGUUUUGACAUUGUACUGUUUUCAUUUAGAUAAUGGGGCCUAUUACCAUGUUGUCGAAUUGAAUUUUGAAUGGAAAACGGAGAGAUUUAAUUUAUUUUUUUUUUAAAA